AUGUCUCUGCUAACCCUUGAUCCAACCCAGCUCAGUACUGUUCAGAACAAAGUUGUCGUCAUUACAGGAGGCGGAGAUGGGAUAGGGCUUGCCACAGUAAUCUCUUUCCUUGAAAAUGGCGCUAAAGUCGUUGUGGGCGAUUUGAGGUCAGAAAAAGUCUUGGAGCAAAGUUCGAAGUUUGGUGAUCGUCUUCGCUUCGUUCGAUGUAAUGUGGCGAGCUAUCAGGACCAGCUGAAUCUAUUCAAAAUAGCUCAAGAGACCUUCGGAUCAGUAGACGUAGCGAUCGCCAAUGCCGGCACAGGAAACUUUCCUGAUCCUAUUUCAUCGAUCGAAAACAUUCUCGAAGAGCCUUCACUCCCCGAGGUCGACGUCAACCUGCGUGGUGCAUUGUUUACUGCCCGAAUCGCUGUGUACUACAUGCGACAAAAUGGGUCAGGCGAUCUGAUCCUCACUAGUAGCAUCGGAGGCUUCAAAGAGACGAUUGGCUUAACGCCAUACGUUGCCAGCAAGCAUGGCGUAAUUGGCAUCAUGCGAGGCCUGCGGUUAACAUCCAUGAGAGAUAAUAUCCGAGUGAAUGUUGUAUGCCCAUGGAUGACAUUCACCUCCAUGACCAAGGGAAUCGCACCAGCAUGGCAGCAAGAAAACUUGCCCUAUAACAAGGCGCAAGAUGUGGCAAAUGCAAUGCUGAUUUGCGUGAUGGCAAACCAGAAACUCGGUGUUUCUGAUGAUGGUCGAAAGGAUCCCUUUCAUGGCAAAAUCAUUUUUGUCGGAGGAGGCAAUUCAUACGAAAUUGAGGACAGAUUACAGAACCUCGAGCCAGAUUGGCUGGGCAGGGAAAAUAGCAGAGUCGUAGAGCUAGGCCAACAGUUUCUGCACAAUGGGGAGACUUCUUGGCAAGGACCAACAUAG